UACGCUGGUCUUUUUAAGGCCAAAGCUUAAUCUCUCUCCAAUGCAUUGUGUAUUUUCUCUGACAACUCUCUCUUGCAACAACUGAUCUUCUCUCUAGUUUUUCACUUCAUGGCUCCUGUGACCAUAAUAAAAUGGGCAUUGUCUGUGUUUCUUUGGGUAUCAUGGAUUUUAUCAAGGGUCCAUGCUGAGCCUCAAGUUCCUUGUUACUUCAUCUUUGGUGAUUCUCUGGUUGACAAUGGAAACAACAUAGUCCUUCCUACAGUGGCAAAGGCACUUACCCUUCCCUAUGGGAUUGAUUUUCCCAGAGGACCAACAGGAAGGUUUACUAAUGGAAGAACAGUGGCUGAUGUUGUCUCUCAACUCUUGGGUUUCCAAGAUUUCAUUCCACCUUAUGCAACUACAACAGGCCCAGAACUAGUAAGAGGAGUAAACUAUGGCUCUUCAGCCUCUGGAAUAAGCGAGGAUACUGGCCAGGAAUUUGGUCCAGUGAGUGGUUUGGAUAGACAGUUAGAUAAUCACCUGACCACAGUUCUUCAAGUGGUAGGCAUACUUGGGGACUACGAUACGGCGGCCGGCCACCUCGGCCGGUGUCUUUACUCAGUUGGAAUGGGUAGUAACGAUUACCUUGGUUACUUGGAUACUAGAAGGAGCAGCCAAUACACACCGGAGCAAUAUGCUGACACUCUUAUAGAUAAAUAUUCUGAACAAUUAAAGACUUUGUACAGAUAUGGAGCGAGGAAGGUGGCUAUAGUGGGAGUUGGUCCAGUAGGUUACUCUCCAUUUGCUAUUACUGAAUGUAAGGGUCGCAGUGGUUGGCUAUGUGUGGAGAAACUAAACAAUGCAACCCAGCUUUUUAAUGAGAGGCUUAAAGGUCUUGUGGAUGGCUUCAACAAGAAUCUGACAGGGGCAAGAUUUACUUACUUGAACGCAUACAAUAUCCUUCAUGAUGUUUGGAAGAACUCUUCAUCUUAUGGAUUUCAGAUCACAGAUAUUUCAUGUUGUCAGAGGUCAAGUGACAACUCUCAAUAUACAUGCAUGCCUCUUCAAAAUCCAUGCGAAAAUAGGUCCAAUUAUACCUUCUUUGAUGCUUUUCAUCCAACAGAAGCUGUGAAUUUGAUCACAGGAAGAAGGUAUUACAAAGCUGAAUCUCCCCUUGAUGCCUAUCCAGUUGACAUCCAUGGCUUAGCUCAGCUAUAAAUUACAAAGAUAAGAUGGCCUAGCCACUUCAGCCAUCAGCUAUAAUGAAAUAUUAAGAGAUUACCACUGUAGAGGUUUCUGUUAUUGGAAAUAAAUGUUCUCUUCAUUUCCGAUGUAGCCAAGAUUUGAAGUGUUUGAAUUAUCUCUAUUCUAGAAUGAUCAACAUAGUAGAAGGCAGGUCCUUGUACUAAGCAGGAUAUCUUGUUUAAUGUAUGAUAACUUCUAUUAUUGGUUGAGGGAGUCUUUUAACA